AAACCUUCCGGAUUCUCUUCGGCGUGAUGUAAUACGUGACUCUUACAGUACACGUCGGAUGAUUUACCAGUAAAACUCAUCGGUUAACAUACCCACGGCUGCUUAGGGAACGUGGACACUUCGUCCAUCAUCACACAGUGGAAGGACAAAAACAUAAGUAUACAAACAUAUUUACAAUUUUUGUGUCUAUUUCGCUCUCGACUUAGAUAUAUUGGACUAACUGCUUUAUAUCAACGUUUCCACUACCGAUUCUACAAUGGAAAUCACGUUUAAUACACAGAAGACGAAACACGACAAGAGAGUAUUUCUGUGACAAUACGUGAAAUAAAUAGUUCCUGCGGAUGGUUUUAACAUCAGGGAAAAUGUUGCAUCCUGUCGCUCAAUUGCAGCAGCUCGUACCGGGUGGAGUACCCCCAUUAUAUUCUCCAUCCCAUCUUCAUCAUCCUGCAGCAGCAGCCGCCAUCGCGUCCUUACAUUCACAAAGUUCAAGUCCUCCGUCAGGGCAAACGUCGUUUUUGAUUGACGAUAUUCUGGGCAAUUCCCAAAACUGUUCCUCUGCUUCAGGAUCUGGACUUCAUAAACCAACACCUAUCAACCCUACCCAUGUGUCUCCGGGGUCUGUGACCGCUAACAGCUUGUACAAACCAUUACCUAUGUACGAUGCCAACACUCUCUUGUCACAUUCUUAUUUUACAGCGCCAGCGACAUAUCAAAAUACUCUAAUGAACCAUAUGUACUCCGUCCCUUACGCCAGACCAGAAUAUUAUUUAGAUCGCCAUGCAUAUGCCAAAGCCGGGCCUAAACAUUUUAUGUGGAAUUACCCUUUCAUACAAAGACCUAUGCACAAAAGAAAAGGAGGACAAGUUCGGUUUUCUAACGAUCAAACGUUAGAGCUGGAGAAAAAGUUUGAAGCACAGAAAUAUUUAUCACCACCUGAACGCAAAAGGCUCGCAAAAGUACUUCAGUUAACAGAAAGACAGGUGAAAACAUGGUUCCAGAACCGAAGAGCAAAAUGGCGGCGUUUAAAACAGGAAUCUCCGUCUGCGGAUAAACAAGACGACGCAUCCAAUGAAAACAAGGAGGAACACACAUCAAAAGACGAAAUUGAUGAUAUGGACAGAUGUACAUCAGACGAGGAAGAUUUUGAUAACGAUAUAGAUGAUUCUGAUGAUGAAAUAGACGUUGGAAAAGAGUGUGUCAACAAAUAGAUUUGAUUAAUACAAUAAUUCAGUAAAGAGAAAUUAUGUGGAUACAGCAAUGCCUCCUGAUGUCCGUCGUGGUUUCAGGGGUCAAAAUGUUCGAAUAAUGUCUGACAUCCGUAUCAGCUACUGACAAAUUACCAUAUGUUAACACUAUGGUACUUUGGACAUGAAUAUGCAAAUCAUUGGAUGGCUUUUAUGACCUCCAGACGAGGAAUAAAUAUUAUAACUACUUGCUAAUCUUUUUAGAAUCAAUGGUUGUUGGUGGUGGACACGGUUGAGUAUAUUGUAUUGAAGUUGGACGGACAUAAGUGUUUUUUUCAUUUGUAAAAAUACAUUGAUAGACAGUAUAGUGAUGCUUUGGUAUUAAGCAAUGCUGAAAAUACAUUCAAUGACGGUGUUUUAAAUAAAGCUAUGCGUUGAAGUGCUAAUUAUGCCAAUCGACUGUAUAUCAGUUAAUUCAAAGGACAUACAAGGAAUAACUGAACGUUUGAUAUAAAAUGUAUACUUAUAUAAGUUAAAGUCUUGCCAGUGAUAAUGACACUUUUGAGACUUGAAGGAGACAGAAAUAUGCAAUAUAUACAAAUCUAAUGCCUUCACUAUACAAAACGUUCCGUUCCAGUCAACUUCAUUCAAUUGUUUUUGUGGUUCAGAAAUGUAGACAAUGGCAAUAUUGUGGUGUAGAAACAGAAAGUACAAUCACAAAGACUUCCAGUACCUCAUUGGAAUAUGACAUGCCAUAUUUAUAUACAUGUAUAAUAUAUAUAUUUAUGAAAUUGUUUAAUUUAAACAUAUUCCAUAAAACUGAAUGCAUGAAGACAGAUGAAUGUACAAUCAAUGUGGAUGGGUGAAUGAAUGGAAGUUCAAAUAAGAAAUAAAAUGUUUAUAUGACUUA